CAUUUCAACUUCCAUACAAGUUUAUAAAUAUACAUGACGUUCCUUGUUAAUUUCAUGAAGAAAAUAAUACGUGCAUACAUAGCUAUCUAUUUAUCUAUAGCAAGUGCGUCAAGAGACACGUGGUACCCUAGCUAGAGUGCCAUUCUGUGGUUUCUUUCUUUCUUUCUUUCUGCAUCACAUCACAAUUUGCAUUGCCUCGUGUCCUUUUUCUUCUUUGCUCUCCAAAAAUCUCACACACACAGGUAUCUAGCAAAUGGGUUCUCACCAACAAGAACCAUGGCUAUUGGAGAAUGGGAAACCAAGGGUUUUGACCAAGGAGACCAGGCAUGGCCGUUCUGCACACAGAAUGUCCUCCACCUCUUUGCGCAAGAAAUCUAGCCGAACUCUUGUCUCAAAGGUUCCAUGUGCCACUCUCAGAAACUUUCUUUCAAAUUUGCAAGAGGUUAUUCUUGGCACCAAGCUUUCCAUUCUCAUCCCUGCUAUUCCAGCUGCCAUCGUUGCUGAGUGCUUUGGCUUUGGAAGACCUUGGAUUUUUAUAUUAAGCUUACUUGGACUUACACCACUUGCUGAACGUGUGAGCUUCAUUACAGAACAAGUUGCCUUUUACACUGGUCCCACAGUUGGAGGACUUCUGAAUGCUACAUGUGGGAAUGUUACGGAGCUCAUAAUAGCAGUAUUUGCCCUUAGCAGUAACAAAAUUGCCGUGGUCAAGUAUUCUCUGUUGGGUUCUAUUCUUUCAAACCUUCUUCUGGUUCUUGGGACCUCUCUAUUAUGUGGUGGCAUUGCAAACGUUGGAGUGGAACAAAAAUAUGAUAGAAGACAAGCAGAUGUGAACUCACUUAUGCUGUUGUUGGGAUUGUUGUGCUACUUGCUUCCAAUGCUGUUCAAAUACAGUGGUGCCUCAGCUGCUCUCACUGUAGACCCUUCACUGCACUUGUCAAGAGCUUCUAGCAUUGUGAUGUUGAUUGCAUAUGUUGUCUACAUUGUCUUUCAACUGUGGACACACAGGGAGUUAUUUGAAGAAGAAGAUGACGGUAAAGAUGGCGAGGAUGGUUCAGAAGAACAAGCUGUGAUUGGAUUAUGGAGUGGCAUUGCUUGGUUGGUUGGAAUGACUGUAUUCAUUGCUGUGUUGUCAGAAUAUGUGGUGGAUACAAUUGAGGACGCAUCAGAUUCAUGGGGUUUGUCUGUGAGCUUCCUAAGCAUAAUCUUGCUGCCGAUAGUUGGCAAUGCAGCUGAACAUGCAGGAGCAAUCAUAUUUGCCUUCAAGAACAAGCUGGACAUCUCAUUGGGUGUUGCAUUAGGUUCAGCAACUCAGAUUGCCAUGUUUGUGGUCCCAUUAUGUGUAAUCGUUGCUUGGAUAAUGGGUAUCAAUAUGGACAUGAACUUCAACCUCUUAGAGACAGGUUCCCUUGCUUUGGCAAUAAUAGUCACAGGCUUCACUUUACAGGAUGGGACUUCUCACUACAUGAAAGGCCUUGUUCUCCUGCUGUGCUACAUUGUUAUUGGGGCAUGCUUCUUCGUACAAAGAACACCCUUUAAUAACCAAGCUGAUGUUACUAACAUCACACUUAAACCAGCCACUAAUGCAGUUUUAAGCGCUUAAUUAGUAGGCUUUGGCCUAUUUCUUGUCCUUUCCUGAGAUGAAGAAUGGUGGCAUCGAUCCAAACCCAAAAUCAGAUUCAAAUUCAAUGGAUUGGUUAUUGUUUCAUUCUGAUCACAUUGUCAUGUCCAUAAAGAAGGGGGAAAAAAAAAGUUAGCACUUUGCAGAAGCAUUGCAAUUAUUUUAAGUUGCAAUAGCUAGCUGUUAGAAAUGAACCACUACUGUGAAAGAUGUUGAAUCAUACGUACGUGUGUUCUAUCAGAGAAGCUGCUUUUGAUCUUGUGUUACUACGGUAGAUGCCAAAUGAGUGGAAGUUGUUCUUGUUUGAGUUUGCUUUAGUAAGAAUCCCUUUUUCAGUUUGCAGAAUCUCUUGUAUUUAUUGUGUUACUAUAUAUUGUACUAGGUCUCGUGGGAAAUAAAUUUUUUAUAAAUUUUAAUUUUAUA